UCCUUCCGCAGGAGCGUGUGCACACAGCACUAUCCCCUCCAUACUUUCCUUUCCCCACUGUUCUACACACACACACACACACACACACACACACACACACACGGCACAAUCCCACUUCUGCCCUUCUCCGCACCACACCAUCCCUGCUCUGCACUCUUCUUCUUCCUCUUCUGUCUCCGCUUGUGCUACUCUCUCCCUUUUCUUCCCUUCCCUUCCUUUUUCCAUACACACCACACUAAACCUUCCAUUCUCUUCCUGCUUUAGCCUUCCCUCUUGUACACCUACUAUGCUCUCCCUUCUCUUCCCUUCCCGCCUUUUAGCCACACAUACACACACACACACACACACACACACACACUACACACUCCCUUUUUUCUUCCCUUCCCUUCUCCUCUUACACACAUGAUGCUUUUCCUUUUGUUUUCCUCCCCUCUCUUCACAUUCACGCCAUGGUCCCAUUUCCCACCUUUCCCUUCUCCACACACCCACACUACACUCUCCCUUCGACACCUACCCCCCCACACACUAACACACGAGUGCACUGUCCUUUCCCAUUUCCCCUCCCUUCCCUCCUCAGCCACGCUACCCUGUUCUAUCCCUUCCUCCCUUCCCCUUUUUUUACUCUUCCAUCCUUCUCACACACUGUCCAGCCUUACCCUUCCUUUAGACAGUCACACACAGCACCAUCCCUUGCCUCUCUUCUCAUCUCCACACACAUUAUCCCCUCUACCUUCCUCUUUUCCUACACACACACUGACACUGUACCCUCACUCAUCUUCCCUGAUCAUUUCUCCACAGCCAUCUAUACAUACACACAUGAUCACUUCCUUUUCUUUUCCCUUCUGUUCUCUAAAUACACACAAUGCUACAUUGUCUUUUCCCAGUUUCCCAUCUCCCUGUUCCCACAUACACAGGACACUACACCAGUCCUUCUCCGCUACACUGUUUCUGCCCUCUUGUGUGUUACCUCCUUUUCUCCUACAUGCACACACGCUCUACUCUUGUUUUCCUUCCCUUUUCCACAUAGCACACACACACAACACUACUAGACUUUCCAGUUUUUUCCUUCCAUUCUUUACUCACCUGAACUACAGUAUCCCUUCCUCUCCACCUCUGCAAACCGUUUAUUCCAUUCUCUCCCCUUUCCUUCUAUAUACACAUGCACAUACACCACUACACUAUCCCUUCCCAUUGUGCCCUUUGUUCCCUUUUCUAAAACACAUACACUACCCUAUCCAUUCUCUUCCCUACAUACAACUUCUAUCCUAUCUCCUUCCUUCUCUAAACAUACCCACUACCCUAUCCCUACUCAUCCCUUCUCCACAAUCUUCUCACUUCUCUUCCCUUUUCCUUAGCCACAAACACAUAAAAUUCUUUUCCCUUCCUUCUCUGCACAUUCUACACUAUCCUUUCUCCAAACAUACACACUACUGUAUUUAUACACUUUCCCCCCUUUUCUAUGCAUACAGACGGGCACACAAACGACACUACUCUAUCCUUCCCUUCUGUCUCUGCAUCUACACUCCACUGUCCGUGUUGUGCCCAAGAUUACGUAUCUGAGAAACCACCAAGGAGCCAACACCGAUGCAAGCACAUGAGGGUUUAUUUACAAGCUCGAGCUUGGGUCCAAGUAUACUCGACACAGGGGAGCAGGGACUUGGACUCCGAGGUUAGACGUGUGGCUGCUCCUUUGCUUACCUAAGUCAUACGGAGACCAGAUCUUUGAAGCAAGCUGUUUGCUGGAACUCAAAGGACUUCUUAAACUUCACUGUUGUCCUGGAUCGCAGGGCUCAGAAAUGUUCUCGCUGUGCUGGUGGCCCUAAAGAAAAAGGCUGUCGUGCUGUGAAGUGCCUAUGGAGAGGGCCAGUGUGGAAUGGGUCACACAUCAUGGAAUUGCAGCCUGGCCUCUAACCAAUAGCCAGCAACAACAACAACAAAAACACAAAAACUUCUCAGCACCUUUGCCACAAUGUGAGCUUAGAUUUAUCUCUAGUUUAGCUUUCAGCUGACAACACAGCUCACAUGACACCUUUAAUGCAGCUAGGUGAGACUCUAAAGCAGAGACCACAGUUGAGUUUUACCUGAACAUCUUACACAUAGAAACUGUGAGAUAAUAAAUUUGUGUUUAUCCUGCUAAACUGGUGCUGGUUUGUUACGCAGCAGUAGUAGAAAAUGAAUACAAGAACAGUCAACCAUAUUUAUCUAGAUAUUACCUCUUUCUUCAUCCCUUGUAUAUCAAGGUUCUAAGCCUAAAGAAUAUAUCUGAAUAAACAGAUAUUUUACCAAAGAAGAUGUACAGAUGGCCAACAGACACAUGAAAAGAUGCUCAACAUCAUUAAGUUACCUUUCUAAAAAUAGAACUACCAUAAGGUCCAAUAAUUCUAUUGGGUAUUUACCCAAAGAAAACAAAAAUACUAAUUUAAUUCCUUCUAGAAUUGAAUUUUGUGUCUAGCGUGAGGGAAGUGUUACUGUUGUGUUAUUUUUCAGUUUGAAUUUCCAGUUGUUUCAUUGCCAUAUCUUAGUAAACAAUCUGUUCUUUUUCUACCUCUCUACAAUGACAGUUUGAAUAAUCCAAAGUUCAUGUGGAAGUGCGUGUUGUGGGACACUCUAUUCAGUUCUGUUAGUCUAUUUGUUUGUAUUGGCAAAUAUAGCACACAUUUAUAAUUACUAGGUUUUUUUUUAAGAUUUAUUUAUUUAUUCAUGAGAGACACAGAGAGAGAGGCAGGGACAUAGGCAGAGGGAGAAGCAGGCUCCUCGCAGGAGCCCAAUGAGAGACUCGAUCCCAGAUCCCAGGAUCACGACCUCAGCCGAAGGCAGCCACUCAACUGCUAAGCCACCCAGGCAUCACUAAUUACUACAGUUUUUAAAAAAUAAUUCUUAAUAUCUAGUAGAGUAAAAGUCCUCAUAUUUUUAUCAAGUGCUCUUUGACUGUUCUUGGUAAUUUGCAAGUAAUUUUAAAGUUUAGAAUCAGCUUGUCAAAUUUCAUAUACAAAAGCUAUAUAGUUUCUUUUGGGGGAGACUAGGUAUUAAUAUACACUGUAGGUUAAAUUUGGGCAGAAUUAACAUGUUUACAAUAUUGAGUACUCCUCUCCAUGAACAUGAUAAUCCUCUACUUACUUAGGUAUUCACUAAUUUCUCUAUAUAAUAGUUGUAUAUAUUUCAUUUUUAAUAUGUAUUUUAUAUAUAAAUACUUGUAUUAGGUGCCAGGUAUUUGUUAUGGUACUCGAUAAGUUCUAGUUUCUUAAUUUCAUGGUCAAACUGCUUGUUGCUGCAGAAAUAAAGUGUAUGUUUAUAUAAUGAUCUUUUACUCAAGAACUUUUACAAAUAUUUUUAUUGAUUUAAUAGUUUAUCUUUAGUUGUGGUUUUGUAGAUAUACUUUGCUUGUAACAUAAUGUUCCUUUAUCAUAAGUGAGUCAUAAAUUUUUUUGAUUUUUUAAAAAUUUAUUUAUUCAUGAGAGACACAGAGAAAGAGAGAGAAGCAGAGACACAGGCAGAGGAAGAAGCAAGCUCCAUGCAAGGAACCCGACGUGG